AUGGGAGCUGUACCAGUGCUUGUGGAUGUUGUGAUUUCUGACUCUCUUGCCAUUAUAUUGUAUCUGGAUGAGAAGUAUCCUGAACCACCUCUCUUACCUCGUGACCUCCAUCAAAGUGCUAUGAAUUACCAGGUAUCAAGUAUUGUCUUGUCUGUCAUACAGCCUUAUCAAAAUGUUGCUUUAAUUAAGCUUCUCGAAGGAAAGAUAAAUGCUGAGGAGAAAACUGGUUUGGUUAAUAAUGCCAUCACAAAAGGAUUUACAGCUCUCGAGCAAGUGUUGGUCAGUUGCGCUGGGAAAUACGCGACUGGUGAUGAAGUUCAUUUGAUCCAUGGAGCAAUCAACAGAUUCCAGAUUAGCAUGGAACCGUACCCAACCCUUGCAAAGGUUUACCAAGCAUACAACGAUCUUCCUGCGUUUCAAAACGCAUUACCCGAGAAGCAACCGGAUGCUCCUUCUCCGACUCCGACCAGCUGA